AUGGCGGCGCAGACGGCCGCGAGGAGGUCGAUGGCGUCCUUCAGCCGCCGGACCGUGCUGGCGGCGGCACCGCCCCGUCGCGCUCUGUGCUCCGGCGAAGUGGUUCGAGGCGACGCCGAGCUGGAGGCGGCGGUGCGGGACGUCGUGUGCUCCGGGGCCGGGAGCCUCGACGAGGUGGGCGGCGCGCUGGACCGCCUGGGCGUGGCCGUGUCGCCGGGCAUGGCGAGGAGGGUGAUCGACUCGUGCGGCGAGGGGCGUGGCUCCGGCAGGAGGCUGCUGCGGUUCCUGUCGUGGUGCCGGUCCAAGGGUCCCGGGGGGCUGGGAGGUGAGGCGUUGGAUAGGGCGAUUGGGGCCCUUGCUCGGAUGGGGGACCUCACCGCGAUGGGGAUUGCCGUCGGCGAUGCGGAGAAGGACGGCCGGAGGAUGUCCCCGGAGACGUUCACCGUUGUGGUCGAGACUCUUGUGAAAUCGGGGAAGGAGGAUGAGGCUGUUCGGUUGUUUAGAGGUUUGGAGAGGCAGAUGUUGCUGCCUCAGCGUGACGCCGGUGUCGGAGGGGAAGGCAUUUGGUCGAGCAGCCUUGCUAUGGUGCAGGCAUUGUGCAUGAAGGGCCAUGCUCGGGAGGCACAGGGUGUUGUGUGGCACCACAAGAGAGAGCUCUCGGUAGAGCCCAUGGUUAGCAUUGUUCAGCGUAGCCUGCUCCACGGGUGGUGUGUCCACGGGAAUGCGAAAGAAGCGCGGAGAGUCCUUGAUGAUAUUAAGUCCUCAUGCAGCCCACUCGGGUUGCCAUCGUUCAAUGAUUAUAUGCACUGUCUGUGCCAUAGGAACCUCAAGUUUAACCCUUCUGCCCUUGUCCCCGAGGCCAUGGAUGUGUUAGCAGAGAUGAGGUCCUAUGGAGUCACCCCAGAUGCAUCUAGCUUCAACAUCUUGCUUUCUUGUUUAGGCCGAGCAAGAAGAGUGAAAGAAUCGUACAGAAUUCUCUACCUGAUGAGAGAAGGAAAGGCAGGGUGCUCCCCUGACUGGGUUAGUUACUAUCUUGUGGUCAGGGUCCUGUAUUUAACAGGGAGAGUUAUUAGAGGGAAAAGGCUUGUAGAUGACAUGCUUGAAAGUGGGGUGCUUCCUACUGCAAAGUUUUUUCAUGGUCUCAUAGGCAUUCUAUGCGGAACCGAGGAAGUUGACCAUGCGCUUGAUAUGUUCAAAAUUAUGAAGAGGUGUCAGUUAUUGGACACACAUACCUAUGAUCUUCUUAUAGAAAAGCUUUGUAGAAAUGGGAGGUUCAAGGAUGGAAAGGAUAUGUGGGAUGACGCUAAAAACAAUGGCUUUGUGUUAGAAUGUUCAAAGGAUCUUUUGGAUCCCUUGAAAACAGAGGUAUUCAGACCAGCUUAUGCAGCACAAAAACUGAGCUCGCAGAGCUAUAAGCGCUUGGUUGAAAAGAAGAAAAUUACUUCAGUUGAGACAAGAAAAAAGGGCGCUGCUAGAGCAGCCACAAGGAAAUUUUUGACUGAAAGGCACGUUAGACUUAUGGACUCAACUCAGGAGCAACAGCAGGAUUUUGGUGUGCUACUGAAGCAGGGGGCGGAGGGAAGGGUAUUUGUUUCAACAUUUGUGGGACGGAAGUGCGUUAUCAAAGAGCGCUUUUCAAAGAAGUACCGGCACCCACUGUUGGACUCAAAGUUGACUCUUAAACGCUUAAAUGCUGAAGCUCGAUGCAUGACAAAAGCAAGAAAGCUUGGUGUUCCCACUCCAGUUCUUUAUGCUAUGGACCCACUUUUGCAUACAUUAACCUUUGAGUAUGUGGAUGGCUUAUCUGUGAAAGAUAUACUCCUUGGAUUUGGGUCAAAUGGUAUUAAUGAAGAACGACUCAAUGAUAUUGCCACACAAAUAGGAAAUGCAGUUGGCAAACUACAUGAUGGAGGUCUUGUUCAUGGUGAUUUGACCACUUCAAAUAUGAUAAUCAAGAACAGCACCAAUCAGCUCGUUCUUAUUGAUUUUGGUCUGAGUUUCAUAUCAACUAUUCCUGAGGACAAAGCAGUGGACUUAUAUGUGCUUGAGAGAGCAUUGAUUUCUAUGCAUUCGUCAUGUGGGGAUGUGAUGGAGAAGAUUCUCACGGCGUACAGAAAAGCUUCAAAGCAGUGGUGCGCUACUACGAACAAGCUAGCUCAAGUCAGGCAACGGGGUAGAAAGCGAACAAUGGUUGGAUGAAGCUUCAGAUGAUUCAACACUUGCAGUAUCACUCCCUCCACAUGUACUAGAUCAGUAUUAUUGCCUCCUUAUAGCAUUUCAAUGGACAGAAAUCAUUCUAGUGAUGGUUAUUGUAAAACUUCCAUCAUGAAUCAAAUCUUACAUCUGCAAAUUUAGUGUCUUAUCAGAUGCUGAUUGUUAUUGACCAACUGAUGCUUAUUUUCGAUUUUUAUUGGCCAAACUAUUUGGUAAUGACAGCCGACAAAAACAAAAAUGGAAAUGGUAAAAAUGAAUGGAAAUGAAAAUGGAAACGGUUUUUGUUGU